UAUAUUGUAUAUGAUUAACAAUUUAUAUAUAUAUAUAUAUAUUUAUAUAGUACUACUACUAUUAUUUAGCGUUUAUUUAAAUGAUAAUUUAUCAAUAAAGAGGCAAAUUCUGUAUUUCCUUAUGUCCCUUUUGAAAUCCUUUUUAUCACUUUGUUAAUUUUAAACAUUUUUCGAAACAAUACAUAUAAGUUUAAACAAUCAGAAUAAUUAAUUUGAGACAAUACGUAAUCGUUUAUAUGAAAAAUUAGUUAAUACUCGUAGUCGGUAGAUGGAGCGUAGGUCUGUUGUUAAGACGCCUGAAAUUAUGCAAUGUUUUAUACAUAUAGACAUUGACUCGUAGAAUAGAAUAUCUCAUCGUAUGCGCAGUCGCGUUAUGACCACAUGUGAAAUAGUUGAUAGAAUGAUGUAAACUAUAUAACCUAUAAAAUAUUUCCUAAACUCUAAUUAUAUUAAUACUGAAAUCGUUAAAUAGUUUAAUACGUAAAUAACCAGACGAAGAAGGAAAUAAUGGAUAUAUAUGAUUAUUAUAAUACACUUGGUUGUUCUAUGGAAUCAUCAUAUGAGGAAAUAAGGCAUGCAUAUUAUCAUCGAGCACGUCAACUUCAUCCGGAUAAAACCAUUGGAACAAAAGAAAAUACUAAAGAAUUUCAACUUCUUGCCGAAGCUUGGUCUAUCUUAAAAGAUCCCGACUUAAGAAAGAAAUAUGAUACUGAAUGUAAACAAGCAGAAUUAGAAUCUAAUAACAUUAUUGUUCAUGCAACUGUACAUUUACAUGAAUUACAAGAAACAAAUAAAAAGGAUGUAUUAAGUUUUCCAUGCAGAUGUGGCAAUUAUUACAAAAUAGACAAAGAGAUGCUCGAAGAAAAAAAUUCUUCAAUUUAUGUGACUUGUGAAGAAUGUACUUUUAUUAUCAUUGUUAAAACAUGAUAUUUUAAACAGUUUUUAGAAAGACAAAUAUUCUUGUAAGUUAUAUAUUUUACCAUGUACAGUUGUCAUUGUAAUAUUGAAACAUUAAUGAAAUUGUGGAGUAUUGAAACGGUAAUGAAACAGUAAAGAAGUUAACGGAAAAGCAAAAUCUUACCUGUAAAUUAUUUGAAUUAAAAUUUCAACUUUUAUUAUCUAUCAUA